CCAGCAAGUUCAGUGUCUCGUCGAGAGUGGCCGCGACACUUGGCUCGCGACCAUCGAAGCGCGCGCGACUCAUCCACGACGAGGACUGUGCCCAGCCUGUGAUAUACAUACGAACAGUGAAAAGUUCAUGAACUUGGGUGUUGAAUUUGUUUGAACUGUAUCACGUGCCGCAGACGCUUUGUGGCGUGUCCCGCGAACCUUCGAAGGUGCUCGUACAGUCCGACAUCACUCACGGGCAGGCGUCGACAAGGACGGCGGCGGUGGUUAGCGGUAGCGGUUCUGGAGCUCACAGAUAACAAAUGUUGCCACGGCCUCUCAGCAAGAGUACAAUGCGGCUUUUAAUCGGUUUAGUGUUAGUGGCGUACGCCGCGGAAGCUGCUAAAAAGUUUGAGGGUACGCUCAGAUCAGCGGCAGAGGCGCCGCCGCAAGACAACCUGGCCGUGGAGUCUGGGUCGCCGGAGCCCGCGGUGGUGUCGGCUCCGCAGGAGUACAAGAACCCGGGAGCCCCUCCACCCCCGAAAACAACAGACGAGGCUCCAGAUGAGAUAGACGACUCAGUCCCUGAGACCGCGUCUGGUGGAGUUCCACCAUCGGCGCCCAGCGGAGCCUCGGCACCUUCAGCGCCUGCCAACUCGCUCGAGGAAUGCGACCCGGAGAUGAUUGGAUUUGAACUCGUGACCGGGUACGUUUUCUCGGCGCCGUCGCACAUACUCGACGACAUCCCCGGCACUCUGAUGUUGACCGACUGCCUGGAGCAGUGCCAGGCCAACGACACCUGUCGCGCCGUCAACUACGAGACGGGACUCUGCGUGCUAUUCGGCUCCGACGCGGACCAGUUGCCGGGAGCGGUUAACGAGAUUUCGAAAUUCUUGAAAGGCAAUUGUGAUUCAUUGGCUUCGGACAUAGCGCAGGAAAGUAUUAGUUUUCAUUUCAUACCUGCGUAUAGUCCUAAUUUUGGAGGUCUCUGGGAGGCUGGCGUUAAGUCAGUUAAAUUUCAUUUGAAUAGAGUGCUGGGAAAUUGUAAUCUUACGUUCGAAGAGCUCACUACCACUUUGGUGCAAAUCGAGGCGAUACUUAACUCUCGGCCACUCUCUCCGUUGUCAUCGGACCCCGCAGACCUGACGCCACUCACGCCCGGCCACUUCCUCAUCGGCCGCCCUCUCACCGCCCUGCCGAACUCCAGCUACGCAGACUGCCCCAUCAGCAGGUUAACACGAUUUCAACGCAUUGAGCAAUUACGCCAACACUUUUGGACGAGAUGGAGCAAAGAGUACAUUGCAGAACUUCAGCAAAGAGCCAAAUGGCAUUCAUGCAAGUACUCCCUAGAAGUCGACACGCUUGUCCUACUGAAAGAAGAUGGACUUCCACCUCUAAAAUGGAAACUUGGGCGCAUUGUCAAAGUCUUUCCUGGUGCCAGUGAUGGGAUCUGUCGAGUUGCUGACAUACAGACUGCAAACGGCAUCGUACGGCGUAGCUUCAGCAAGAUUGUUCCGUUGCUCCCAGAAGAAGACGUUUCGGUUGAAGGACGAGCCUUCAACGCGCGGGGGCAUGUUCGCGAUCGCGAGUGA